AUGGAGUCAGGAUCGCUUGUUACUUCCCUGUACAAACCUCCAAUUUUCGAACACUACGAGGCACUGGAACGGGGCGAAAUCACUGCCGAAGAUUUUGACCCUAUAUUUACGCACUUCUUCAACAAAUCACAUAGCCGAGAUGUAGCAGUUAUACCUCUUAUCAACACCAUCAUUGAUAAGCUUUUUCACACAGGAAUGAUCAAGGAAAUGGAAGAUAUUAUCAAGGAUCUACGGGCAGCUGGUAUUCGUACUGCUCUGAUGACAAACAACUUCUUCGCAGAUCGUGCUCGUCGUACACCAACACUCCCGAAAGGCUUUGAAAAGCACUUUGACGUAGUGGUGGAGUCCUGUAGGUCAGGGAUGCGGAAACCGGAGGAAGUUAUAUAUCGGCGAGUUUGCGAAGCGUUGAAGGUAAUGCCAGAGGAGUGCGUGUUCUUAGACGAUCUUGGUCCAAAUCUCAAGCCAGCUAAAGAAAUGGGCUUUACAACUAUUAAGGUCAAUUCUACUGCUCAAGCUGUCGCUGAUCUGAAAGCGGUACUCAAAGACGUGUUCGAUUUCCCAAGAGGAACGAGGGAAUGUUUACCAAGUUCGUAA